CUGCAGGCAGCCAAGCUAAAGGACCAGGGGAAUACUCAUCUCCAAGCAGGUGAUUUGGCGAAAGCUGUGGACUGUUACACAGAGGCGAUCUCUCUCGACCCCUCAAAUCAUGUAUUCUACAGCAACCGAUCUGCAGCCUAUGCUAAGGACAAGAAAUAUGAGCAGGCAUUAGCUGACGCCAAGAAAUGUGUUGAGCUAAAACCAGAUUGGGGCAAGGUGAGAGAAUUGUUCAGUUUUCAUGGCGAUCAAGAAGCAAAAUUUCUGAGUCCAUGUGAAAUUGAUUUAUCAGCAUUAAAGCAGGGUAUUUAAUAUAAACCAUGACUUUUUGCGAAAAGAAGCAAAGUAGUGUGACUUUGCUUUUCGAAUACUGCUUGUGGAUGAAUGUUAUCAUCGCGUAUUGCAUUGUAAAUAACUUGAUUUGUUUUUAUAAACUCCUGUCAACAACUCGUAGGUACAUACAUGUACAGUGUUUGUACUAUACAUGUACAUGAAUUUGCAAGUUAUAGAAAAUAAAUGUUAUGAAAUAAGCAUACCUUGCUUUGCGAGGUUUAUAAUCUUGUCGCCCGUGAAGCGCGUGUACCACGCGUGGUGUUAGCAACCUGCAAAGUCAGCUGGCCCAUCUACAUUUCUAUGUAUAUAUCGCGAUGGUGUCCGCCCUGACGUCAUCUAGGGUGGUUUGGUCAUAUUUCUAUUGGUUUGGUUUUUUUAGCGGCUGUUUUAGGAGUUGUUAAGUGCUUUUUGCAAUGAAUUUCAAACAUUUAACUACUUUUAAGAGCAAAGGGAAGCCAUUUUGGAUAAUUAGUCUUAAGAUAUGAGCGAAAAUUGAGGUAACAAAACACGUUUUGCUCACAGGCGAGGUUAUACCCCACUGGCUUAGUCGGGCAUCUGUUAUUUAAAUGCGAUGAAAUGGGUUUAUGUUGUAGUUAAUGUUUUAUUUCAGUUAAUAUUAACUGAAAUAAAAAAUUAACUGCAACAUUUACAUUAGGUUUUCACCAUCACAACAGCAGUUAUUCCCCUUUGAAUUUGUGUUCAAUAGGGCUCAAUCAACUUUAUACAGGGCGUGCUGGCAGCAGUCCUAGAGGAAAGGCUUUUAAUAAAAUAUUAUCGAUUCCUUCACAGUGUGUUCCACAUGGCUUAGUGGUAAUGAAAUAGCCUGGCACAUAGGAGGUCCAGAGUUUGAUUCCGGGCAGAACCUGUUUUUCUUUUCUUUUCUUUUUUUUGUUUUCCUUUUGGUCUAGUUUUCUUUUUAGUGUUUUGUUUCUUUAUAGCUCUAUAUAGGCUCGAUUUCCGCCGUCUCCCAAGUCCGGUCUUUGAUCCUCCCCGAAGAGAGCUCUUUCGUGGGGAUGAGUGCGGGCUCAUUUUCCCGAACAGCGGCUGGUAAUCGAGCCUAAGCUCUAUAUAGCUUUAGUUUUUUAAAACUUGUAAAUUUUCUUCCCUAAUGCCUUAUUUCCCUUUCAACUUUUUGCUGUACCCCCAAAGUCCUUCGCUAGGUCAUGCGAUUCACGUAUUUCUAGUUUAAAAUUAGUAAGAAAACUUAAAACCAUUACUAACCUAGCACCUUGCAAGUGAUUUAUCCCUUAAAGUGCCCCUAACCCUUCAAUUUGUUUUCUUUUGGUAGACUUCCAUAUCUUUCAAGAGCUCAUUUUCAAAAAAAAUUUUCAGAAAUAUUGAAUCCUUUUUUUUUACGAGCACUAAAAGUGAAGGCAGUCUUGUCAAUAUUUUCACCUAUCAUUCGCAUUAGUCCCCCACUUGGCCAAAUGUGUCCAAAUAUGGAGCGUGACGUAAGAAAAGGAUAUCGUGUAAAAAAAAAUGUGAAGAUUCACGGUAAUGCGUUAUUGUUAAACAGAGAAAAUGGUUGAAAAAUGUGUGGUUUUUGGAUGCAGCAACUCUUGAAAUAAAGAGAAAGGAAUCAGCGUGCAUAAGAUUCCUUCUUUCAAUGCUUCGUGCUUUGGAAUGGUGUCCUUUUCUUACGUCACAGCUAAAAAAGUGUCAAAUUUCAGACGCUUCUCAUUGGCUCGUUCGUAAUGAGCCAACGAGACAAAAAUUUGUCCAGCUGGGCUUAUAGCUCGCAAGAGUUUAAAAAUUUCAGUAACUCUUAGCGCUCGUAAAAACAAAAGGAUUCAAUAUUUCGGAAAAUUUUUUUUAAAAAUGAGUUCUUGAUAGGUAUGGAAAUCUACCAAAAGAAAGCAAAUUGAAGGGUUAGGGGCACUUUAAAAUUCUAUACAAUUCCUUUAAUUUAGUAUGGCCACUGAAUCGGUGAAAGGGUUCAUUGACUCUGCCACAGUCUCACUUGUAACCAAAAUGACUUGUUUAUGGAACUAUAAGAUCUGAUAAUUUUUUGUUUUUCUUCUUUUUUGCCAUUGGCACAAAAUUUCCUUAAACUGAUUUUUCUUGUUUCAGCGUUCUGGGUGAUCUUCCUUCCUAUUACCUGUUAUGCACUGCAGUAGUUUUUUUGCCCUCAAGACAAGAGAAUAUGGAUCCAACAGUACCAUACCUACUCAUGCCAUUCCAUAUUUUUAUUUAAUUUUUACUAAAAGGGUUAUUCAAGGCUGGGUGCUGCAUUGUCAUUCCUUGGGCGCCAUGAUGAAGCAGAAAAAGCUUACACUAAAGGUCUUCAGUUGGAUCCAAGUAAUGCCCAGUUAAAAAGUGGCUUAGAAGACGCAAGAGCACAAGCUGCCCGUAAGUAGUUUUGAGUCCCACAAAGCUCUCAGAACAAGUUGUUUAAAACCCUUUAAUAUCCCCCAAUAUUCACUUAUAAAUUCUCCAGACUGAUUCCCGUACAUUUCAGUUUGAGUAAUUUGAUAAAAGAUCAAAGCAUUCUCCCCAAGGUUACUAGCCUGCAAAAACAGUCGUUUCUCCUUGCUCUUCGCCCCUGAGGACAUUUCACAAGGAGGAAUAUCUGCAACUCAGGGGCAGAAAUUACAUACUGAUGACAUAAAUCAAUGUUUACAUAAUAAAUCCGGUAGUCACUGGGUUCCAAAUGCAAGGUUGUUCAAUUUUAGGUUUCUCCAGGUUGAUUUUGGUAAAGUGUUGUGUUCAUCUGCGAACGAGCUCCAGCAAAACUCAAAUGCUCCUUCUAGAGAAGAUAUAUCCCACAAAUAUUGACUGUUUUAUUAUAGAUUCAUGGCGUCAUUCCUAAACAAUAGCUAAAACAAUGUAACUACUCCGUUGUCCAAUCAGUGUUUAUGACCAGAUUCUGGACAGAUUUUCCUCUGCGUGAAACGUCCCAAACAGUAAUGAGCGAGGAGAAAUGGCUGUUUUCGCAGGCUAUAAGGAUACCCUUGUAUUUGUUAUUCUCCUAUCCUUUUCUCGUGAUUGUGUAUUGAUAAUUAUGCUGAGGAGAAAAGUGAUGUUAAUCAGCCAAUGAAAUAGAAGAUGACUGUCCCAAACAAUGUCCCUUCCCUAGCCUCGAAGUCAAUAGCCUGUGAAAUGCAGCAGUCUCUUCUCUUUCUUCACCACUAAGGACGUUUUGUAGGAGAUCAGAGGCGUCUGUGAUUCGGCCAGGCAAAUUCCAUACUAAUGACCGAAUCUGCUCAACAAGCGCUGAUUGGUCAUUGUAGAAAUUUUGUUCUUUUAGCUAUUGUUUGUGACUGAAAGAUGAAAGACAAAAGAUCACAAAGAUAAAAAUGCAACUGAAUUCAUGGAAUAUAUUCUUUUUUACAAGAAAUAUUUAUUUGAAUUUGCUGCUGCUUGCAGAAAAACUCAAAACUUUAAAACGAUAUGUGACCUUCUCCAGGAAAAUGUAGACUAACACUAAUUGUCUUGUUACUCUCAGCUUUUACCACAAACAUUUUAUUUUUUGAAAUAGGAAACAAUCCAAUGAUGAAUCCAUUUGCAAUGCCCGACUUGUAUGUUCGUCUUGCGACAAACCCAAAGACCAAAGCAUUUUUGGAACAAGAAGACUAUCGUAAGACAGUUGAAACUCUACGGCAGAACCCACAGCUGCUUGGAACGUAAGUUGGACUUUGUGAACUUUAUGUAACCGUCAAAGUGAUAAGUCAAAGCAGGCUUUCUAGCCUGAGAAAACAGCCAAAAUUUUGAAACACCACCACUGGUUUCCCUGCAAAAUGACGUCUAAAUAACCUGGGGAGAAAUUCCAUUCUGAUGGCUACGUAGAUCUUGGUAGUGCUUUUGAUUGGUUGAAGCACAUUAUCCUUACAGCACGACCACGUUAGUGGUAGUUUUCCGUAAUGAUGACACGUCAUCAUUAUGGAAAUUCUACAGUCAUUUCUCAAUUCAUUUUGCAGGGGAACCAGUGGUCGCAUAGCAAAAUGUCAGCUGUUUUCACAGGCUACAGGCUUUCUGGCAUGGUGUUGAAAAUGCUAUGAAAUUAUCCAGUGUUUCUAGGAGGUCACAUUAUGUAUAAAAAUUUCUUUGAGGCAAAGUAUACAAUUUCUCUGGAUUACGUGUACAUUUGGCAUCAUUGGAACACUUGCUGUACUGUCAUUUGAUUCACAACAACCUGAGAAAGUAAAUAAUCUUCUUAAUGUUUUUUCUGAAAGUAAAUAACCUAAAAUUUGCAUUUUUGAUUUAAUUCUAUUGACUUGUCCAUUAUUGAAAUAUAAAUUUUCAAGUGGAAUUUAUGACCAGAUGCAAUUUGAUGUUAAUGAUUUAUGUCAAAUUGCAUCUGAACAUACAAUAAUAUGGGAAAUUGCAUCAUCCGUAUUAUUAAGUUAUAAAGUUAUGUCAAAAGUGUAGGGGAAGGAGUAUGGAAAACCUCUCAAUAAAAACAAGCACAGAUGUGAUUGUUUUAAAAUUUGAGAUCCUGCUAAUACCUCUAAUAAUUAUUGGUAUUAGCAGGAUCUCAAAUUUUGUGGAACAGAUGUAAUCUAACCUCAGUUAGUAACGUCUUGGUAGCAGCACUGGUAUCCUUAUUCUGGGCCCAGACUCUACGAAUUACCGGAACUACAUUUUGAAUUUGCCAUCAACUGGAAUGGCAAUUUGGCAAUGGCUUUUUUAACAUGCCAAUCAUGGCAUCAUAGUUAGUAGAGGAGACUGGUUAUGAAAGCCAGCAAACAUAAAAGUUGGAAACAAUGGUGCUGUAGGUUAUGCUGGAAGCUCCCUGAACGUGCACAAUCCUUUGUUUUCUGUUCACAAAUUAUGACUGAAUAAAUUAACGCAAUGUUUCUAUUGGUCAAUAACUUCAAAAUGAUAGGAAUGCUAUUGAAUGUUGUGCACGGUCAGGUCCAAAAAAGCUAACAAAAACCUAUUACAAAGGGUUUCCCAACCUUUCCACUUUAAUUAAUUACGAUGGCAUGCACUCAAAUCCUGGUGCAUAGAUUGGGGCCCAGAACAUGGAUUUUGGCGCAAGAAUAAAGAAAAUAAAGGUCAGCAAAGAUAAAACUUCUUGAUGGUCAAACAAAUUUUCAUUAGCACCGUAAAAAAAAUGUAUGGCAAACAAUGUGGAGAAUAUUUAACUUGAUACUAGGCCCUAAAGUGUUAGCUUUAAUUUCAACAGGUACUUGCAGGAUCAAAGGAUAAUGCAGACUGUGGCAGUUUUGCUUGGGAUUGAUGCCGAUGUACAAGAUAAUGAUGGUAUGUUUUAAGAACACAGAUACUCUUUUAGACCAGAAAGUGCAAUGGCAUUGGCACUAGUCUUGGGAAGCCAACAACAAGAUAAAAGGGAGUCAUAGCAACAGAAAAUGAAAACAGCAAUGAUAUUAAUAAGCAAGAGAACAUCUCUGUAAAUGCAUCACACUUUUUUUACCAUUUCCUUUCCAUCACUGCACAACCAUAACUAUGGUGUGAAAUUUCCUCACGUAACAUCUUAUGACGAUUGCAAACACAAAACAAUGGGUCAGUUCCCGUAGAAUUCUAAUCUCAGAAAAUUCACCUUCCUUGUCAUUUACUUACUUUUUUUCUCCUUCUUCUUUAAAUUUUCCUGAAGACACUGACUAGAAAUUGUGUUUGUUUGUUUUGCCAAACUUAUUGCUUUAGUGACCUUCACCAUAAUCAUGCUUUCUGAAGCUCCCUAAUCUUACCCACACAGAACCUCCUCCGCCUCCAAAACCAGAAGAGAAGCCAUCAACAGCGGAGCCAAUGGAAACAGAGCCUGAACCUGAACCCGAAGUGGAUCCUUCAAUCAAAAAGGUAAGAAGGUCAUCUAGCUCAGGCCAGGAGGACCAUCAGAACUGUUCAAGCAGCGUGCAAAGAAAGUCAUGUCCGAUAACCAGGGAGUAGUGGAUUUUGCCUUCGGGUUAAUGAAUUCUGGGCUUAACCUCAGUUUCCGAACUGGCAAGGGAAGUUUUAUGGAGAAUUCAAAUUACAGAAGAACUGUUAUCAGUACUGUGCAUCUAAAUAUUUUUUUUCGGGCUGGUUAAAAUGACUCUUGGGCUAGUACAUGCUAACUACAUUUGCAGCUUGCUCUAAUGGCAAGCUGUAAACCUGACUUUCUUUGCACCAUGUCAAGGCAUUAGGGCCAUUUAUACUCGUGAGGAAAAAUACGACGCGUCUUAAAUAAGACGAGAACUGUACUUUUUAUACGAGCAUGUCUUAUCUAAUAAGACGCAUCUUAGCUAAGCCGCAUCUUAUUUUAGACGAAAUGUGCCGUUUAUACGGAAAGUUCGCGUCUUAUUUUUCCUCGUAUAAAUGGCCCUAUUGUGAUUUCAGGCACUACACUUGAUCUCAUACAUUUAAUUUAUUUUGAAACGGCUGCUCUUGGUUUAAUUCAAGCGAUCGGGAGAAAUGCUUCAUAAAAUACAGAAGUUUGUACCUUUUGAUUCCAAGAUGAUAAUAUAAUGUAAGAAAGAUGAAUAAAAUAUGUCUCAAAAAAAGUGUUGUCUGUUGCAAAAAUGGUUAAAGCUGUGGCGCUCAAAGGCAACGUGAGCAAAAUGAUUGGCUCCUUGGAAAGCACUUUAAAAUUACUAAAGCCCUGCUAAAGCCCAAGACUGGCCCACAUACAAUUAGUGGUGGGGACCACUGACUAGUAUUGUCUCGUGUUUAACCUUGCCUAAAUUACAUUUAGGUUGCAUUCCUUUCAGCCAAUCCAGAUUGUUUGAAUUUUUCUGCUAGCCGGAACAAAAAUCUGAAAUAAGAUUGAUCCAUACAGUAUCUGCCUGCUGCUCUGAUCUUCUUGUCAAUUUCAACGUAUUGUUUUUUAUUUCUUUCCGCUAAAUUAAGUGUUUUCUCAUGGAUAAAUGAAAAGAAAAAUAGCUCUUUAACUAGUGGUGGUUCAUACUGGGACUUGUCAACUUAAAAUUAUCUGGAAAUUGAUUCAAGAAAAUUCAGAAGACCAUAACGAAUUCUCAAGUGCUGAGAAGCGCGUUCUAGACACACACACAUUGGACACUAUAGCUUUAUGGUGAGAAAAUGCAAGCGUCUUCGCUUCCUUAUGGAUUUAGAGUUACAGGCCCUUUAGCGGCAUAGAACAAAGGAGGAGUGUAAAUAACUUUUGUAGGAACUAACCUCCACUGUGUGUAUCGAUGAACAAGCACAAUCUUGCAAUCCGAAAGCAGUUUUGUUAAGUGACAUAAAAAUCUGAAAACAGAUUAACAUACCAAUGUGAACGAUCCAAAUGCGGAGGUGGAUUGUUCAGUUUGCAAUCUCAGAUUGGUUAAGUCCUUAAUGGAACGAAAAAUCAAAUUUUGGAUCGCAAAAUCAGGAUUUUGAAUGAUUUCAGAUUUCAGACUUUUUAUUUCUUGCACUAUUUCAAUAGUUUAAUCCAAAAAAUUACAAUACAUAAUUUGGUCAAAAGGAAUGCAACCUUAGCCACUGUGCAGGACACAUCAGUAAUAAUAGUUGACAUGAUUAAUACAUUGCAGUUCAAUUAUUCUGCUUUUUCACAGUCUUUGGAGGAGAAAGAGCUUGGAAAUGCUUCUUACAAGAAAAAAGAUUUUGAAACUGCCCUUGCGCACUACAAAAAUGCAAUUGAACUUGAUCCCACAAAUGCCAGCUUUCUCACUAACAGAGCAGGUCAGUGUUAGAACAUAAUAGCUCUAUUAUAAUAAAAUCAAGCUGGUUAGUUGCUGUUGCUAGUUGUUAUAUUGGCUUCUACUACCACUACACUACUACUAUGACCGAGAAAGAGCACACGUCUUAAGGGGCUCCCUAUCCGGCAUAGCUGUUCUCAGCUCUUCCACACUUUCCAAGCUGGUAUCGCUUUUCAGGUUAUCUAUAUAAGUAACAGCUGGUAUUCCCAUGUUCAUGCGUCCACUCAUCGGCUGCCAAUUGAAAGUACUAGCUUAGAUGCUUCCUCCCUGGGGUGCCUAACAUAAUGGCUGGCUAGCUUCAACCUUCUGAAACCCACUUUUGAUGACACUGGUGGUAAAUUACCAUAUAAUCCUUGUUGGUCAAUUUAUCUUGCCAAGACACAUUAAAUACCAUACGUAACAUUUUGGUAUAACAUCCAUCUAGUUUCUCCUCCAUAGCUUUUAUAACUGUGCAUGUCUCACUUUCAUUGAGCAGGAUUUGACAGGUACAUGUUUUUGGUACAUGUACCUGUAAAAUUAAUGAUCGCUUAGAGGAGGUACAGUAGUAGCACAUGAAGAUAACCCCAGAAAGUUUGAAAAAAAGUGCUGUCCUCAGAUAAGCUGGGGCACUCAUCUCUUUUGAGUAAGGCUGUGUUCAUACCAUACCAAAUAGCUGUUGCAGCAACAGGAAAAUCUUACCGGAUAGGGCAUCUGUUCACACAAGAAAUGAAUUUUCCUUCGUUUGAGCUACCCAACCUGUAUUCAGUUGUCUAGUUGUCUUUUUGUCUCUGUUUUACUUGUGUCGUCCGAAUUGGAAGGAAAAUAUUUUUCAUUUGAACGAACUUGCUGAGGGAGAAUGAAACGGUGAUUUCUGUGUGAUUUCUGUAUCAGAGCAAAGCUGUACCACACCAAUCUCGAAAGUGGAGCAUCACAUGUUGAAUAGGUUCUGUGCCACACUUUGGUGUAGUGUGAAUAGGUUUUUGGACCAUACAGUAAAAACCCGCGUACAAGAACCUAUUUUUUUCAAGCUAGGCUAAGAAGUUUCUUACAAAAAUGGUGCUAACUGGAAAAUUAAGCUACUCAGGUUUUUAUUUUUAAAAACAAAUAAGGUGUUUGUUAUUGGUGGGUGUGGCCUAUUUUGGGGCUAUUUUUGUUAUUGCAUGCAUAAUAUGUUAUAAAAAUCCCUUUAAUCGAAGCAUGUUAAAGCGAUUUAUGAAGUUUAUACAAAGCUAUGCAAGUUAAACAGAACAAAAACAAAAUUAAAUCAUAGUACUUUGUUUUAUCUUCACUUUACUAACCGGUAGAGCUCAUUCUAUUAAAUUUGUGUACUCAGUGUUUCUGACUUAAAGAGUUUUAUUCUUGGACAAAGUUUUAACAUCCGAAUUUGUCCAAGAAUACAUUUUCCCCAGAUUUACUUGUUAGCAUCGGAUUGUCCAAGAUUUUCGAUCCAAGAAUAUGUACCCAAAAAUGUGUAGUGGAAGCAAAUAAGUAAGAAAGAGGACUGGAAGUUGUGGAACCCACUGAGAUGGAAGUAAAUUAUAUUCAGGAGGAAGGAUAAUUGGGAUUUACACGAUAGUUCACCAAGCAUUUUCGGCCAAUUACUCUGGCACCUUUGAUGUGUGUGAAUGACUUGCUUAAGUUCUGUGCCAUUGCUGCUCAUACUAUAGUUAUUAACAAUUAUUCCUCGAGCCCGAAUGGGCUCUGAGUAAAUAGCCCAUGAGGCCGAAGGCAAAAUGGGCUAUUUGCUCAGAGGCCCUGAGGGCAAGAGGAAUAAUUGUUUUAGUAAAAUCCAACUAGUUGGUCAAAAAUAUCGAGACAAAACAACUUUGGGUAGCAAAAUGCGAUUCAGCUGCCAUUGUUUUGGUUUUCAAAGCCAGCACGUUUCACUACUAGUAAGCUAUAACAUAUAGCCUAGUAGUAGCUCGACCAAUCAGAAUGCGUCAUUGAUGAUAGAUCUCUUGUUGGAUUUUACUAAUACUGGAUAGCUUUUUGUGUCUGUCCAGUACAGUGUCAAUAUAGCCUAAAUACGGUAUGCUUCAUGCUGACCAAAACGUACUACAUGUAUUUGCUCCUUCUUGUUUGCUAAAAUUGUUUUAAAAGUUACAUUUACUUGCCUUAAGAGUGUUGUUUUUAAGACCUUCUACAGAAUUAGUGUAGCAUAAGGAAUAAUAUAAUUAUUUUGCUGGGUUGUGUACAUUAUGUUUUCAGCUGUAUAUUUUGAACAAGGGAGGUUUGAAGAAUGUAUUGAGGAAUGCCUAAAGGCUGUUGAUGUAGGCAGAGAUCAUUCUGCAGGAUAUCAGAUGAUUGCAAAGUAAGUUAUGUUUAAAAUUACGUAAAAGCCUGACUCUCAGCCUAGUCCAAAGAUCUGCCACUCACCUAACCUUUGGAGCAGGCCCUAAACCCGUUUGCUCCUGGGAAUUGUGCUGAAAAAAGCGUGUCAAAACCCGUUUUAUAGUAACUGGCUGGCUAUUAAAAGCGGUAAAACUAACCAAAAAGCCGUUUACAGGUUGUAUACUUUUCAACCUUCUGAUACAGAUGAAAAAUAUUAUUACGGUAGCGUCUGAAGUUCCGGAAUGUACAGAAAGCGAAAUGUUUGGGUUUAGAAGUGACACAGCAUUACCUUAUGUAUUUUUAAAUAAAUUUAUUUAAGACGGGCCAUCUCUUAUUGAUAGACUCUAAGGGGCUGUUUCCACAGGGGCACCCAACGAGAAUAUAGUUCAAAACCACUUAAAUUGCAUUGUUAAACGUGUUUUUAGUAUUUAAACAGUGGAUAUGGGCAUAUUUUUAUCCCCUAUAAAUUUUUCAUCUGUUCGGAUUUCCUAGCUGAAAGUCUAGUGAUCCGAAAAUUAUAGGGAUCAAAACUUACUCGUUCAAAAUUUCAGCCGGAAAAAAGGCUCCCGGAAGUUUUAGGUGACCUUUUUAGGGUAAAAAUCCGCUGAAAAUGGGCAAUUUUACCAUUUUUUAGAUGUUCGAAAAUCCUAGGAGAGGCAGGCAAGCAAGAAAUUUUACAACCAAAUGUUUCGAAAAUUCUAGAUCUCAAAUCGUCUUCCGAACAGAUAUUUUUCCGAAAAUUAUCGUUGGGUGCCCCUGUUUCCAUGAAGUGAGGAAGAUCCUAGAGGGCGGAUAAUCCUAGUACCAUAUGUUUCAGUUCUGUAUUUGGUUUACAUUCAAAGGGUUGUACUUGUCCCUGGCCCUGGGAUCUUCCUGGCUGAGAGUGCUUUCGCUAGUAAGAUCCUAGUACUGGAGACAAACCAAACAAGAGUGGCCGACCAUUGCGUUUCUGCUGAAAGGUAGUUAUUAAUGCCAGUAAAGAGAGCAGAACGGCAUUUUUGUUUUUUUCACCCGUCAUUUUUUAUUCCGUCUCGAACCUUCUCUACUUGGGCACCACAGGGAUCAAGCUUUCUGCAUGUAAACUCAAUGAAAGUUUUUCCGCCUUCUAGGAUCUUCCUUCCUCCAUGCCCGUUUUUCCUUACCUCAAGUAAACGAAUAAGAUUUAAGCUGAGUUCAAUAUUUGAAUUGUUUGUACCUUUUUAGAGCAUACGCAAGGAUCGGAAAUGCCUAUAGAAAGCUAGAGAACCUAACAGAAGCAAUUAAAUUUUACAACAAGUCUCUUAUAGAACACAGAACUCCUGAAGUUUUGAAGAAAAGUCAAGAGGUGGGAUUAUUUAAAAUUUUUACUUUUACAUGUUGAGUCAUUUUUGGUGAAAAAGCUCUUAUUAAAAGCUUUAUAGUAUUUGUAGUUAACAGUGCUUUCAAGAGCUUUAUCUUGAAACUAGACAUGGUAACGUCCAUUUUUCUCAACAUUUUUGUCCAAGAUUGAUUGUUAUGCUCCAAUGACUCCAUCUCAAGCCAAUUUUAGAAGGAUUUGUAUGGAGUCAUCAGAGCAAACCAGUGCUUAUAUCUACCAACCAAUUUGCACUAACAGGCUAAUAUUUGGCAAGGGGGCUUUUUUCAUCUUAUUCUUUCUGAAUAUGCUAACCAACCCCACAAUUUUACUAACUUGAAUUUUUGUGACGUCACACUCCGCUUCUCCAUAAUAAAAGGGGUUUAGUGGGUUAUAAGGUCGAGGACUUAUAGUGGAUGAGUGUAUCAUCUCUCUGGUUCAACAGGUGGAGAAAGCUUUGAAAGAGCAACAGAGGUUAGCGUACAUAGACCCAGAAAAAGCUGAGGAGGAAAAGGAAAAAGGAAACGCUCUUUUCAAGAAAGGUAAUCUUUCAAGAAACACCCACAGAUUCCUGCAACCAUCCUUGAUAUCAUAAAUUUGAUAAAUUAGUAGGGACCUUUAGAUUCUAAGUCGAGGACGACUACCAGUGCGAGAUUUUCUCAAUACUAAGUAGUGCGCGUGCGUGAACCAGCGUCAUUUUGGCGGGAAAACGUGGUAGCCGUCGUCAUUCUACUACGAGUUUGAGCGAGAAAGUAGUGACAAGGAAACGAGUUAUCAAAUCAGUGUUAAAAUUUCUAUCAUUUUGCGCCCGGGACAGGGCUUAACCUCUUUCACUAAGAACGAUAACAGUGCUAUCUUUUUGGUGAAGAAAUAAAAGUACAAUGUAUCCUUUUAGGAUGUCUAUUUUUGAGAAUACACGAAAAAAAUGUUAGUCAGAUCUCGUACUCGUAGUCGUUCUCGUCCUAGAAUCUAAAGGCAGGGGCGGAUCUAGGGAGAGGGUGCAGGGGGUGCGCACCCCCGACCCCUCUGCAAAAAAAAACUAUGUGGUUUAUUGCUGUUGAAGUAGAGCAAGAGACGAGUGCACCCGCUCCUAAAACAAAUCCUGGAUCCACCUCUGAAAGGUCUCCAGUAUCAACCAACCACCCAAUGCAAUGUAACUGAAAUAGAUAUUACAGGAGCUGUGUCACCAAACAUAAAACAAUUCAAACAGUGAGAACUGCCACCAAACUGAGUGAAACAUAAAAUUAACUGCUCAAAACAUGUAUGAAAAGAAGGUAUAAAUAGCUAACAAAUAUAAAAGCAGGAACGGAUGGAAAAACUUGAAGAAGAUUGAAUCGGAUUGCAAUUAUUGUGCGUUUUGAAAAGUUGUUAACCUAACAGUCUUUAGACGAAGUUCCUUUUUGUUAUUUGUAACAUCUGAUAUACUACUUAGAGGACAUUUGUUUGGCACAAAGCACUGAAUAAUGCCAUGUACAAGAAAUUUCUCAAGUUCCGUAGCGAAUAAGGACUCAUACUACUGGCAUUGUAACCAAAAAUAUUAUUGAGGUAGACAUCUUUCCAAAGCCUGUAACACAAAUAGUUUCUCAACUUGUAGAUUGUGUCAUGGUGUCUCGGACAGUUUGCUUGAAACUAAAAGGGCUUAAAAUAAUACUUUUUCGCUCUCCUUUCAUUGAUUCUUUCAAACAGUAUAACACUAUGGAUGUUUCUUGAUGUUGCGGAACCUAUUAUUGGUUAGCUAUCACUUUGUUGUGUGGGUCGUGUUGAGUGUCUUUUGUUCUGUCAUUGGUGAUUGCACCCAUCUGCAGCAUCAAGAAAGUACCAAAACGUUUCCUUUGGUGUCGUAUUUGCUUCUAGUACAAAGGAAAAGUGCUCGCUCAUAUACGGUAUUUCGGGUAUAUGUAUUUUUAAUUUCUGACUAGGAGACUGUUCACAGUCCCCCACUAUUUCCAUUAGAUCGUGGAGAUCGAGCGAUUUGCGUUGCCGGCGGCCAUCUUUGAUGAGUGUCUAAUUUAACCCGACGCCCGCCCCCUCGGUACAUGUGAAACCAAGAUGGCCGCUUGUACCGGUAGGCGCUCGAUCCUGACGAUCUUACGAAUUCUUCGUGUACGAUCUCCCGAGAAUCUUCUCAUGACACCGGCUGCUUUGUAGUUUUGUUCUCAUCAUUUUUGUUCUUUUUGCCUGACAGGUGACUAUCAAGAGGCCUUAAAACAUUACAAAGAGGCUAUAAAAAGGGAUCCGAAUAAUGCCAAAAUCUACAGUAAUCGAGCAGCAUGUUAUCAAAAAUUAGCUGCUUUCUCCUUGGCUUUGGAGGUGUGUUCAGUGCUGUUAUUUGUGACCUUGACUUCCUUUGUUUUUCCAAAGCAUCCUUUACCAGAGUCUUGUUUUGACCUCGUCCACACGUAUCCGUUUUCGAAAUCAUUUUCGCCCUUCGCCUGUCCACACAAAAAAGCUAAAACAAUGAAAAUAUGAUAGCCUCUCUUACAGGGCAUGCGCUGUAUGAUGUAUGACAUCAUCGUAUUCGAAAACCUUCGUUUCCGUCCACACGAAAACGAGAAGCUGGCAUUUUCGAAAAAAAUCCACUCUGGUGACCGUUUUCGAAAACCAGCGCGUUCGGUGCCCGAAAACGCCGUUUACUUGUGGACGUAAGGCUAAAACGGAGGAAAAAAAAUCUUCGUUUUCAAAAAAAUCCCGGUACAUGUGGACGGGGCCUUGUUUUCACAUAAUAGACAUAAGUGCUUUCCCUUUCUCUUGCAGGAUUGUGAGAUGUGCAUUAAGUUGGACCCUACAUUUGGUAAGGUGUUAGUUAAAUGCAUUACUCUCUUUUUUAUAAGAACCUUUUUUUUAAGAAAGUUCAGCCUGAAAUUUGCCGAAAUAUUAAGUCCAUGAUAACAACAAACCCGAGGCUGAGAGAAGAAUUUUUUUCAUUGUUUUUACAUUCCUAAAUCCAGAAAAUCUAAAUUACAUAAUGUCCUACAUGGAAUCAGAGUGCAUGUGUCUCUCGACAUUCCGAUCGUGUUAUUAUGUCAAUAAUAUAUAUGUACAUAGUACUUGUACAAUUCAUUUAUGUGAAAACUAUAACCAUUAUCUUAUCUUGUCUAUUACGGUAUGUAGCUUAAAAGUUAUCAGAUUUCCGUUAUUGAAAUUUGAGAACGUCAUUAAGAUCAUUUCCAGGCUGAAACUGCCCAAAAAAUAAGAGCGGUCUAGGCUAAACUCGAAAGUGGACGUUCCUAUAUAAAAAGAGUGUAACCUUUUUUGUUGUUUUUAUCAAAUCAAGUCUGUUCCUUGUUAAGCGUAGUGGACUUUCGUUGUGAAUGACACUUGUAUACAAAUGAAAGACGGCUUGGUCACUUUCUUUUGUUCAAUUUUUAACGAAAUUUUUAAAGCACUCUCUUUAGAAUGUUUCAUUUUCCAUUCUCCCCUUUGUCUUAU